GAUUUGGGAUCAAUGGAGUGCGCAAUCUCAGCUGAUUGGUCUCGCCUACUACAUCGUUCGAAUUACAUGCAGCGCAUUCUAUCUGCGCACCUCCGGGGGUUCGCGCCACUGCUCUAUGUGCAAAUACUGGAGCAAAUAAAGCAACGGCAAGAGGAGGUGAACACCGAGCCGGCAGGGAAAGAACAUGUAUGUCAUGUUUCGGCUUAGAAGACGUCCGUGGAGCUGGACGAGAGGCUGCGUCUCGGGCCAGCGCUGGAGCCAUGGCCCGGCGCGCGUCAUGGCCAUCCGGCGCGAGGACAUCAACGUGUGGGAGAGGCGCGCGCCGCUCGCGCCGCGUCACGUGAAGGAGCUGACGAACGCCGGGCACUGCGUUCUCGUGCAACCCUCCAACAGGAGAGCCAUCCACGAGAAAUAUUAUGAAAAAGCAGGUGCCAUUAUCCAGGAAGACAUCUCUGAGGCUUCACUGAUAAUUGGGGUCAAGAGGCCACCGGAGGAGAAAGUUUUCCCACGAAAGACCUAUGCAUUUUUUUCUCACACAAUCAAAGCUCAGGAGGCCAACAUGGGGCUGCUUGAUGAUAUCCUCAAGAAAGAAGUUCGUCUUAUCGAUUAUGAGAAGAUGGUGGAUUCCAAUGGAUUCCGCAUUGUGGCCUUUGGUCAGUGGGCAGGCGUAGCAGGAAUGAUUAAUAUUUUACAUGGUUUGGGCCUGCGGUUCCUGGCAUUAGGACAUCACACUCCUUUUAUGCACAUUGGCAUGUCCCACAACUACAGGAACGUCAGCCAGGCGGUGCAGGCAGUGAGGGAUUGUGGGUACGAAAUUUCACUGGGCCUGAUGCCGAAGUCAAUUGGACCACUAACUUUUGUGUUCACUGGAACAGGGAAUGUCUCAAAGGGUGCCCAAGAAAUAAUUAAUGAGCUUCCAUGUGAGUUUGUGGAGCCCCACGAGUUGCCAGAAGUCUCCAAACAUGGAGAUACGACCAAAGUGUACGCCACAGUGCUGAGCCGUCACCACCACCUGGUGAGAAAGAGCGAUGGCUUGUAUGACCCAAUUGAGUACGAACAGCACCCUGAGCGCUACACCUCCAACUUCCGGGACAGCAUUGCCCCAUACACCACUUGCUUGAUAAACGGGAUCUACUGGGACCCCCACACUCCACGUCUGUUGAGGCGGCUGGAUGCGCAGAGGCUGAUGCGACCAGUUGAACCAUCCGUGAAGGUCACAGAGGGUUCCCCAGAACUGCCUCACCGAUUUUUGGCAAUCUGUGACAUUUCAGCUGAUGCCGGUGGCUCCAUCGAGUUCAUGACAGAGUGCACCACUAUCGAUAAGCCUUUCUGUAUGUAUGAUGCCAACCAGCAUAUAGAUCACGACAGUGUUGAAGGCUCUGGCAUUCUGAUGUGUUCCAUCGACAACCUUCCUGCUCAGCUUCCGAUUGAGGCCACAGAGUACUUUGGGGAUCGACUCUUUCCUUACAUCUGGGAGAUGCUUCCCUCUGAUGCUACAAGACCUCUAGACCAGGAGGAUUUCAGCCCACAAGUCAGAGACGCUGUCAUUGCAUCAAAUGGAAAACUUACACCAAAAUUUGAGUACAUUCAACGUCUUCGGGAGAAAAGGGAGCAUGCACAGAUUCUGAAGGUGAGCGGCAGGAACCGUGUCCUACUGCUGGGCUCCGGCUACGUGGCUGGCCCAGUCAUUGAGUAUCUGACCCGAGACCCUGGGACUCAGGUCGCCGUAGGAUCAGUGAUGUUGAGCCAGGCUGAGGAGCUUGCCAAGAAGUACCCUAACACCAUUCCAAUUAUGCUAGAUGUGACAAGCCAGGAGAGUCACCUUGAGUCACUAAUCAAAGACCAUCACCUGGUCAUCAGUUUGUUGCCUUAUGUGCAUCACCCCAUGAUUGCCAAGCACUGCAUAAACAAGAAAGUGAACAUGUUGACAGCCAGCUACCUCAGUCCAGCUGUGAAGGACCUUCAAAACAGUGCUGAGGAGGCUGGCAUUACCAUUGUGAAUGAGAUGGGACUUGACCCAGGUAUUGACCACAUGUUGGCAAUGGAGUGCAUUGACCAGGCCAAGGUGGAUGGGUGCACUGUGGAGUCCUACAGCUCAUUCUGCGGCGGUCUGCCAGCACCAGAGUGCUCAGAAAACCCACUGCGAUAUAAGUUCAGCUGGAGUCCGUAUGGUGUACUGCUCAACACCAUCAGCCCUGCCAUCUAUUUGAAGGACAACCAGCUGGUCAGUAUCCCCCCUGGGGGAGCACUGAUGGAUUCUGUGACUCCCUUGGACUUCCUUCCUGGCUUUAACUUGGAGGGAUUCCCAAACAGGGACAGCACGAAGUAUGCCAAGCCGUACGGGAUAGAGUCGGCCCACACACUCAUCCGUGGGACACUGCGCUUUAAGGGAUUCUGCAAUGCUAUGAGUGGAUUUGUGAAACUGGGACUGGUGAACACAGAGCCAUGCCCGAUGCUCAGUUCUACUGCAUCCCCCGUUUCCUGGAAAGAGCUGCUUUGCCACUGUAUCGGAGUACCGCCGUCUAUUAGCAGCGACGCCUUCAAGGAGGUGGUUUAUGAUAGAGUAGGACGAGAUGACCACCGGAUGGAGAUGCUCAAGUGGUUUGGCAUGCUGAGCAGAGAACCUGUACCCCAUGCUGACACAAUUCUGGCUGCAGUCACAAAGCACCUAGAGUCCAGACUGAUGUUUGAGAAGGGAGAGAGGGAUUUGAUCGUCAUGAGGAACGAUGUGGGAAUCAGACAUUCCACUGGUGAGCUGGAGACCAAGCACUUCAGCCUGGUGGUUUAUGGGGACUCGAAUGGAUUCUCUGCGAUGGCCAAGACCGUAGGCUACCCCGCUGCUAUUGCAGCCCGGAUGGUGCUAGACGGUGAAAUUAAGUCUAAAGGACUGGUGAUGCCCUUGACUAAGAACGUCUACAACCCAAUUCUGAGACGGUUACAGGCAGAAGGAGUGCAAUACACCAUAAAAAGUUCAUUCUCUGAAUAGUUCCCUCAGAGAAACCCUCGCAUUACAACCAAAAAUCUUCAGGGUAUUUAUCGAUCACUAAGGUAUCAUGUUUCUUGGUUCAACAUUGUGCGCAGUCUUUAAUUUUUUUUUCUCUGUAUUUAAGGCACAGUGGGGUAUCAUGCAGAAACACUAUCAGAUGGGUUACUUUCUCAAAUCUAAAUUUUGAAGUUUGGCACCAAUGUUAAGGGAUUCACGUUACUGGGUUUUGCCAGCGGAGCCAAAAAUAUGCAGCAGCUAUACCGUUACUGUAAUAAACUUGUUCAGUAGGUUCCAUUCAGCUGCUAGUGUGGAUUUUUCAGUGACUGGGUUCCUCAACCUUCCCCCCCCCCCCCUUUUUUUU